UUUAUAUUUGUUCCUCUCCUUGUACCUUCACUGCCACCGUUCCCCAACGGGGUACGUUCCGCGUCAGUUUUGGGGCCCCUUCCCGGAGGUGGCAGGGGGAUUGGGGGGUGAGGGAGGAGGCGGCUGUGCUGUGUUGCUGAUGCCGGGGGGGACUGAUGGCAGCGGCAGGAUGAGCCGUCCCUCGGCAGAUUCGCCCUCUGAAGUGAAAGCCUGUUUGGUUUUAAACCUCUGAUUCAUCAUGGGAACAAAUGGAUGGGCUCCAGGGUGCAGAAACACUCAGAUAUUUGCAGUAGCAGUUGCGUGAACCGUGUUGGAGCAGUCAAUGAAAGCUGCUGUUGAAUUCUUUAAAACUCUCUUGUAGGUGAUGGCCCGUGCCGUUGACACCACAAACCGUGAGGAGAAACAGCUUCCUAAAAAGAGAGAAACUAUGAUCUGGAAGCCCAGAAAAGAAUGUUUGCUGGACAACAUUCCAAACAUUCCUGAUAGCAAGCCUGAGGAAAGUGAAGCCUCUGAUACCUCUCCCAGUGAAGAUGAUGAGAGUGUCUCUCCUUAUGACUGGUACAAGGUGCGCUGUUACCUGGAUGAGGAGGAUGAUGAAGUCUCCAGUAUACCUGACUCUCCAAAGCUGCAAAACGCUGCUGAGCACGAGGUGGAGGACUGGGACAAAGAACUGGAGGAGUCUGCAUGCAGUCCUUAUGAUGCUGAUGAUCUGUGCUGUGGAAGCUUUCAGGAAAAUAAUGUUCUGGCCUCAUACGUGUGGAAGGAGGAUUGGUUUUACCAGCCAGGCUGUCACCACGCAGCCUGCUUUGUCUCUCCACCACGAGUCAGGGGCGAGGUUGAGAGUGGCCAGUUUGACGAUGCAGAUGAGUGAGGCUGACCCUGGGCAGAAGGCUUUGUGAGUUUUGCCAUGCUAAUCCCUCUGUGUCUGUAAGUUUUAGUUUCCUCUCCUUUUCACCUGAUGCUGUCAGAUGGAUUUGAAGAGCUUCAAAAACUCUCCCUCCCUUGAGCUUCUCUGUUGUAUUUCCACGUGGUUCUAGUUCCCAUUUGUGAUUCUGAUACUUCUUAUUACCAAAACCAGCUGUGGCAAAUACAGA